AUGCUGUCACGUCGAAUAAUUUGCGGCCUGAAUCAUCGCCCUAAGCCACCAAAGGCAUCUACCCCCUUGCAACGCCAACACGAACUGACCUGGCAACGUGAUUUGGAGCACGCUGAGGCCUCAGAUGCAGCGUUAGCCCGAAGGCUCAAUGAGCCCAAUGCACGUCAGAAUUGUAUAGGGGACGAAGUAAUGGCCGAGGACUUACAUGAAGUUCUGCACCAUGAUCUCGAACCGCCUCUUGAUGACCAAGGCAAUGACGAACAUGAGAUGGACCUCAAUCAAUUCAUGCCUAUGCCAAAUGAUGGCCAUCCAGAGAACUUCGGAAUUCCAGACGACCCUAUGUUGGCGGCUUUGCGAAGGCAACAACACUUAGCAGAACGCCUGGCCAACAAAAACCAAUGGCUAUGGCAGUAUGCCAUAAUGUUACCCACAUUUCUUAGAAGACAUUUGGAAACUUCAAAUUGGGCCAACCAAUUGAAUUGGAAUGAAGAUGUCCGCCCGCCCUGCAACUGCUCUAUCAAGACCGAGCGGGAUGUUGACCUUCUGGAUAUCUUAUCGCCUGCUGCAAAUGGGUUAUGUCGCCGCCUCACCUUCGAAGCCGCGCACGGCGUUUUCGGUGCGACUAAUGGUCCACCACCACUCUCAGUGGGUUCGGUAUGCAGUACCAACCGAGGGUUACUGUUCCGCACUAGAUGA